CUUUGCUGCGAUACGAUCACAGAAUAUUCUGCUUGUCCCUUCACACSGAAGCCAAACACGAUGAGGAAAAAGACGGCAUCCACGGUUUCCACCACCACGUACGACGACCUUGCUACCAUCAGUACCUACACAAGCGCAGGUCGCRAUCGAGAAUGGSGAAAAUUCGUACACCGUGGAUCCAACAGGAAGUGGAGCAGGGGACAGCAGCAGGAACACCAGCGACGAAGGAACCGGGGCAAUCGGAACAAUACGAGGAGCAGCAUCGCCGGCCUGGCCGGUAUCAUCGUGGUGUUUGGACUGAUCGCUGGGGUCGUCUUCGCGAUGAUCUUUUUGCGGGCCGAGAACAGAUCUCGCCGGAACGAGUUYGAGAGCGGUGCCUCCGUCACGGUGGCGAAGAUCGGCGAUUCCUUUGACGAAUACGCCGAUGUUGCGUCCCUGAUCCACGGCAGGUGCCGCCACAGGCCUCGGUUCAACGCGACGUCCUUCGAACACAACCAAACGAGCUACACGGAGUACUACAACGCCUGGUCGGAAUCCUUUCGGCGGGACUUUCGCGAACUCUACGAGUACAUCGACGCGUCCGGCCUGGAGUUCAAGGCCAUGCAGUUUGAUCCCAACAUUUCGGCCCUUGAACGACCCAACGCCGAGUCGGAAGCCGGCGCCUUUUACGGCGAACACUAUCCGGAGGUCGACUACACCGGCUUUCGAGGAUUCAACGGUGAUGCCACGUCCCUGGAACCGAGGUGGCGCAACCAGUCCUUUUACUUCCCCAUCCACUACAUGGAACCCAUCCGGGGCAACGAGGCAGCCAUCGACCUCGACUACUAUUCGAGCGARUCACGGAUACGAGCCGUCAACGCCCUGUUUCGAACGAAGCGMCCCUCGCUGACGGACCGGCUGUCCCUGGUCAAACACGAGGGCCAGGUGAGCCGCUGCAGCAGCGGCAACGACGACACAAGCUACUCGGGUCCGUCCUUUGGGSUGGUCCUGAUGCACCCGGGGGUUCGAUUGAGCGAGGACGAYGAGACCAGCUGGCCGAGGGAUUUCUCAUCCAUCGUGUUGUGCAUUUCCGACCUAAUGAAGCGGGCGGCCAUUCACCAGAACCAAAAGGUAUCGGUCUACAUCCACGACCUUUCCCAUCCGARAGAGAUCGAUCCGGUCUUUAUGGGAGCGGCACGGUUGGACUGCAACUCGACGUAUUCCAGCGACGAAAACAGAAACCACCACGACGGCACAGCGAUGGUGCAGUYGGCAUCGUCGUUUCACCUCCUCGAGGAAGUCUCCCUGUACGAUCUCGACUGCGACGACGACAUUUCGUGCUACCAAAAAACCAUUUCCAUCGCCAACAGGAAAUGGACGGUCACCGUGCUCAACGAGGAAGGCCCGGACCGCAUACAGAUGGUUGUCGUGGCCAUGAUUGGUCUGUUCGUCUUUGCGGCCUUUGUGGGGCUGGCGGUAUGGGUGGUGGCCAACGACCGCCGGAACCGCGUCUACGCGAAGCUGAAAUCCAGGGCGGCGGCCGAGCGGAACGCCCUGGUGCUGGAGAACGCCAACAAGGCGGCCCAGACCGAGCGGGAGCUCAACGACUUCCUGGCGCACGAGGUCCGGAACCCGCUGGCGGCCGCUAUGGCCGCGACCCARUUUCUGCGGACGGAGCUGGACCGCCGGAGCCGGAGCAYCCGGGGGAUCGGUGACCACUUUCACGACGCGAACACCGACGCGGAAAURAAUAUGGAUAUAGAUAUGGGUGAGGACAGCGACGACGACGACGACGRCGAYGGCGAAGAGCAAAGGAACGCCGGCGUUGCUUCGUUCUCGGUCGAAAAAGACAUAGACGAGGACGAGAACGAUUGCAGUGGUGCCGCGGACGACAAUGACGGCCUGGUGUCUUCGCUCACGAGGGCGGCCUURCACUCGAGCGGCAGGACCGARWCGUCUCCGAGGCUCGUUCAGGCCAGGGAGGACAUCCGGGUGGUGGACCACGCCCUGCACUUCAUCAACGACCUGCUGCGCAACAUGCUCGAUAUGAAUCGUGCCGCGAGUAAAAAGCUCAAGGUGAAGUUUGCCCCGGCCGAUCUGUUGCAGGACGUUCUGCAGCCCAUUGCGGGCAUGCUGCACCGGGGAGGAGAGAACAUUGGUGGGGGCAACGGCGUCAACAGCAAGGUUCGGAUCAUYGUGGAUUGUCCAGAGAACAUUAUCGUGAACACGGACGUGCUGCGUCUCAAGCAGGUCAUACUCAACCUGAGUCGCAACAGCGUGAAGUUUAUCGACGAGGGKUUCAUUCGGCUCCGAGCAGAGGUGCUGGAACGCGACGGCGACGACGAUCUAAGCAUCGAUCUGAGCUCAAACGAUUUUGACAUCGAAGCAAAUACCAUGAAGUCAUUGGACAGCACGGUGAAAAUAUACGUGGAGGAUUCCGGAUCGGGCAUUCCAAUCGAAAAGCAAGAGAAUUUGUUCAACAAGUACCAAGAAUCUCUCGACCUUCUAGGACAAGGAACGGUAAGAGUGCAACGCCACGCCACGCCACGCAACACGGCAGAUUAUAAACGUUCGCUGUUUCAUUCUUAGUAUUCUCUGUCGAAUUUCUCUCACUCUUCUUUCCUUUCCCCCAUUUUCUGAAUUCACAGGGCAUCGGUCUACACCUAUGCAAAACCCUAAUUGAUUUGAUGGAUGGCGAGAUUAGUUUGGACCCUACGUACUGCAGCGGGAUACCAGGAUAUCCCGGCGCCCGUUUCGUCAUCGAUCUCCGUUCCAGCCCGAUAGGAUCGUCAGUGUUUACGCCAUACGUAGAUGGCGUUCGCAUCUGUGAGAAUGACGACGAGUGUAUUGAGAAUGAUACAGGUGGCGACACGGAAUGCAAGAAGGUUGAUACAAGCGAAACGACAAACACCAACCAAAAACAGAACCAAGACAAGGGCUCUGCUACUACUCUUCCGGAACUUCCCAAACACCUUAAGGUUUUGUUCAUCGACGACGACCGCAUCCUGCGAAAACUCUUUGCGCGGACGAUGAAGACCGUUGCACCCGAAUGGACCAUUCGAGAGGCAGCAAACGGGGAAACAGCGAUCCUGCUGGYGGAAGAAGAAGAGUUUGAUCUGAUUUUUUGCGACAUGUACAUGGCCAGCGUCGAGAAGCAGUUGCUAGGCACCGAGACCGUAGCCGAGCURCGGGCCAACGGGAUCACGAGCCGCAUCUGCGGGCUUUCCGCAAACGACAAGGAGACGGAGUUCCUCGAGGCCGGAAGCGAUGCCUUUCUCUUCAAGCCAAUACCGUGCGGGAAAAAGGCCUUGAGGGAAACCCUWCAACAGGUCUUGUAUGGAUAAGAGAAGAAUCGCAUUCGCAAUAAAACUCUGGGGGUAUU